UCCGCCCCUGGAAGGCGGUGUCUUCCUCCCUGCCGCCCGCCCCUGGCUCUCGGUGGCGGUGGAUCCCCGGUCGGUGGGGGGACCAUGACCGCCCUGAGGGACGUCUCCCUCCAGGACCCCCGCCUCCGCUUCGAGCUGGUCCAGCGCAUCGGCUCGGGCACUUAUGGAGACGUCUACAAGGCCCGAGACACAGAGACCGGGGAACUGGCAGCCAUUAAAAUAGUGAAAAUUGAUCCAGGGGAUGACAUUGGGUCUAUCCAACAGGAAAUCACCACUCUCAGGGACUGUCGCCAUCCCAACGUCGUGGCGUAUUUCGGCAGCUACCUCAGGAAUGACCGGCUGUGGAUUUGCAUGGAAUAUUGCGGAGGAGGUUCUUUGCAAGAGAUCUACCACACGACCGGACCCCUCUCGGAAAAACAGAUCGCAUAUGUCUGCAGGGAGACACUCCAGGGCCUCCAUCAUCUGCACACCAAAGGAAAAAUGCAUAGGGACAUUAAGGGGGCAAACAUCCUGCUGACAACCAACGGCGAUGUGAAACUCGCGGAUUUCGGAGUCUCUGCUGAGCUGACAGCGUCGGUGGCCAAGCGGAAAUCCUUCAUUGGGACCCCAUAUUGGAUGGCGCCGGAGGUGGCCGCGGUGGAGAAAAAAGGAGGCUACAACCAUCUCUGUGACAUUUGGGCAUUGGGCAUCACCGCCAUAGAACUGGCCGAGCUCCAGCCGCCGCUUUUCGACCUUCAUCCAAUGAGGGCCUUGAUGUUGAUGUCCAAAAGCAGCUUCCAGCCCCCCAAACUAAAAGAUAAAGCGUCUUGGUCUGCAGAUUUCCAGCACUUCUUGAAGCUCGCCUUAACCAAGAACCCCAAGAAGCGUCCCGUUGCGGAAAAGCUCCUGCAGCAUCCUUUUGUUUGCCAGCCCUUGGCCCGCACACUAGCCAUUGAGCUGCUGGAUAAAGCCACAAACCCUGACCUGGCGGCUGCCACCCUGGACGAUGGCGAUUUUGAGGCAUAUGAAGUUUUCCCUGACAAAAUCCGUUCGCACAGGCAGCAUGGGCAAGUCGAAGGCACCCUUGCAGAGAUCCAACUUAAUCAGGUGAAAUUUGGUCCACCACUCAGGAAAGAAACGGAACCAUGGUGCAGUUUGAAGGAGGAAGAAGAAGAGAACUGGAUGCUUUCAGGAGAUGGAGAGAGCCUCCUUCAGUCAGUGGAAGAAGCCCUGGAAGAAAGGAGCCUCACAAUUCGCCCAGCCCGCCCCACUGAACAGCCUCGGGAAGAGGAGCAGUCCAGCAAUCCUGGGGAGAGCGACUUGGACACCAUCAGAAGGGGUCCUUUCUGGGAUUUUCUCAACCUGGAGCUGGCCUACAAGGCUCCCUGGGAGCAUGAGGAAAACACUGAGCUCUCGGAGUCUGAGCAUCCUAGGAACCAGACCUUACCAGGCAAUACAGGGCUGAGCGACAACUCAGGAACCGGUUCCUCCAAACCUGCAGACUCCCUUCUUUCCACCGAAUGGGCCACGAUGAAGAAGAAAGAAGAGGCUAUGAGGCUGCUUUGUCACGGUUUGCCCCCAACGCCAAAAGUCCACAUGGGAGCCUGUUUCUCCAAAGUCUUCAACGGUUGCCCACUGAAAAUCAAUUCGGCCACCACUUGGAUCCAUCCCGAAACAAGAGAUUUGUAUUUGGUGGUGGGAGCGGAAGAAGGCAUUUACACGCUCAAUCUCCAUGAACUCCAUGAGGAUACGAUGGAGAAGCUCCUUCCACACAGGUGUGCUUGGCUCUACUGUAUGAAUAAUGUACUACUGACUUUAGCUGGGAAGUCAUCCCAGAUCUCCUCUCACAACCUCCUGGGGCUCUUUGAACAGCGACGCCAGCUUCAGAAGCGGCAAGUCCCCCUUUCCCUUGCCACCAACCGGCUGACAGAGCGCAUCAUCCCCAGGAAAUUUGCAUUGUCAGCCAAGAUUGCGGACACCAAAGGAUGCUUGAAAUGCCGCGUAGUCCGAAAUCCGUACUCCGGGAGUACCUUUCUCUGUGCCGCGUUGCCCUCCAGCCUGGCGCUGCUGCAGUGGUACGAGCCUUUGCAGAAGUUUAUGCUACUGAAGCAUGUCUCUGUGGUGCUGCCCGAUCCUCUGACUUUGUUUGAGCUGUUGGUGGUGGAGACGGAGGAAUACCCGCAGGUGUGCUUGGGGGUCACUGGCAGCGAUCAGCCGGGCACAGAGCUCCAUUUCAGCAUCCUUUCGCUCAGCACCGGACUCAGCACCUCAAUCCCUUCUGGCCGGCCUCUUGUUUUGGCCAGCCACGUCACUCAGAUGGACCGAGACACUGUCCUCGUGUGCUUCGAGCGUUGCGUCAGGGUGGUCAACCUCCGAGGAGUCCCUCAAGGACCACUUGCUCCCGAACUCACCUUCAACUUCCCUAUCGAGACCAUUGUGUGCCUUCAAGACAGUGUCUUAGCCUUCUGGAAACACGGCAUGCAAGGCAGAAGCCUUGAAUCCAAUAAGGUAACGCAAGAGGUAACAGAUGAGUCCAGAGUUUUCCGGGUCUUAGGCGCUCAUAGAGACAUCAUCCUCGAAAGCACGCCCACGGAUAACCCCACGGCACACAGCAACCUCUACAUCCUAACAGGCCACGAGAGCAGCUACUGAGUGCCAUCUUCCAAAGAUGCCCGCAUGCCCAGAGGUGCCCAACUUCGGGGUGGACCAUUGCUACAGAGGACAGGUUCGCUGGCUGUAAUCCAUGCCCGCCAUUUACUGAGCAAGCCUCGCCGAAGCAGGAGUGCCCAUGGAGUCCCUUCUGCCGAUGCCACGAGGACUGGGCAAGAAAACUCUGGAUGCCAUCUUCACCCCUUAUUCUAGUCUUCCCGAGAUUUUGCUGGACCCCAGAAAUAUGGGGAGGGACUCUCUUCCUCAUCUUUGAUUUUUGGGGAGGCCAUCAUCUCCUGAGAUAUUUGUUCUUGCAAUAAUUUGGCCGAUCAUGGGAGACGUUGCUGUCUUCCCCGGCUGAUGCCUUAGCCCUGCUUGGAUGCUUUCCCUUCUCCUCUCCUGUUUUAAACCUUUAAUAUCCCUAUGGUGAUGCCGUGCGUGGGCACAAUGACCGGGCAUGGCUGCCAGCGGGCAGACAAUCGGUGGUCAGGGUGCCAAAGCGUGUUUCCCCUUCCUUUGCACUUGAGCUUUAAUUUAAGGAAAAUUCUUUCAGGGCACUUUGAGAUUCAGGCAUGUCCCUCUUGCCACCCCGAAAUAGUCUUAGGGUGGUAAGGGGAGGAAAAAAGGAACAGAGUUUUAUUUUGUGACUGGACAAGUGAGUAGAGAAAAUAGGUCAUGCCCCAGAUGGGCAGAAAUGGGUGAGUGUAAAGUGUGUGUAUAUUGUGUGUGUGUGGGGCACGGUGUGGACGCUUGCUGAAUGACCAGGUAGGGAGGAAAUACAUGCAGAGGAAUGGUGGGCACAGACUGGCAGGCAAUGCAAAUGGGUAGCAUGGUGCCUGAACCCAUCACUCCUUGGCCCUUGUGUGUGUGUUGUGUGUGUUUGUGUCCCAGCAAGCUCCUUCUGCACACUCCAAAGUCUUUCCUCGGAUUGAAAAAUGAAUAUACCCAUCCCCAAUGUCUCUUUCUGUACGUGAUUUUUGCCUUAAAACGAAAGGCAGGACUUUCCUGCAAAGUGUUUUGUCCCAAGCCUGUCUUUUGAAACCAGAGAUUUGCUUGAGGUCACUUUUGAGUUUUGGGUUUGGAGAGAUCUAGUGCAGCUUUCAAAGGAUUUUGGGAGCCGAAUUCUGUCCUGUAGACAUUACCCAUUCCUCCCAUACAGCACCCCAAGUUCAAGAAACCAAACGCAAACGUAUACUUCUCCAGUGAAUCCUAAACUUUGGUCCUCCAUGUGUUUUGGAUUUCAACUCCCAGAACAAGAGUCAGGAAUUUGUCUGGGAGCUGAAAGCCAAAACAUCUGGAGGACCACGGUUUGGGAACCACUGCGGACGUCGCACCAAUUCCCCCAAACUCUUCCAUCCAUCCCUUUAUGUGUAUCCUGCCUUUUUCAAGACUGAGACUGAGAUUUGGCAAGCGCAGUGAUGGAGAUUUUUAUUUCACUGUUUGGAUUGCAGGAAGGAUUAACCCUCCAUGUGCAAAUACUAAUUCUGCAAGUAAACCUUGCAGUCUAAUUCUGCUCAGAUGUUUCUUUCAGAGGCAAAACCCGGCACAUAUCAAACUCUAUGGACCUUAGUGACCGCAUCACAUUUGUCCCCCUUGCUAGCAUCUGGUUGCAAAUUUGUGGCGCAUGGAGAGCUGGCGUAGUGGUGUGAGCGUUGGACGAAGACUCUGGAGACCAAGGUUCGAGUCCUUGCUCAGCCAUGUAAACGCACUGGGUUGCCUUGGGUAAGUCACAUUAUUUCACUCUCGGAGGAUGGCAAUGGCAAACCCCCUUGGCAAGAAGCUUGCCAAGAAAACCCUUAGGGUUGCCAAGGCGCACAACAACAGUAGCAACGUAAUUUCCGAACCGGGAAAAUGCGUUGCGCAAAUGUGUGCAUCCGAGUAAGAGACUGAACAAAUGUGGCUGCUACUUAACAUAUCACACAACAAUUGGCGGUGCACACCUGCCAUCGCUGCGGGCCCUUGUGUGCGGUAGUGCAUAUUAAAGUAUUGUAACAUAUUACGGUAUUAUAAUACAAUUUAAUGUAUUAUAUAUAUACACACACACAACAGCCAUUGGUGGCGCACACCUGCCGCCACUGCGGUCCCUUGGUUGAACGGCUUGUGUGCGAUGGUGCAUUUUGUGUGUUUGUCCAGCCGCAAGCGGAGUCUGUACUGAUCACUCCAAAUGUCUGAGACUUUUGGGUGGGUGAUUAUUACUUUUCCUUUAUCGAAAGAAGAGUAAUAUAGUACUUGGAGACGCUUCUUACCUGCCUUUGGAGCUCCGUCGAAAUCUCCUCCGUCGGCGCCAACCGCGAUCCCCCUUAACUUCAGAUGCCAAGACCUCUUUCCUUUCACCAAAGGCUGCUAAUAAUUUCUCUGUGGUUUUUUUAAUGGCUCAAGCUGGAAAUGUUAUUGUCCUGAGGGAAAAAACAGAAACAAAAAUACAAACUUGAAGAGAGAAAAAUGGGGUAUUUAACAAGGAAACGGAUAUUAAAUAGUGGUAUUUUACUUC